AUGGCGACGAUGGAGAGCUUGAUUGGGUUGGUGAACAGGAUCCAGCGAGCCUGCACCGUUCUAGGUGAUCAUGGAGGCGAGGGAAUGUCGCUGUGGGAAGCGCUUCCUUCGGUCGCCGUUGUAGGAGGCCAGAGUUCGGGAAAAUCUUCGGUGUUGGAAAGCGUUGUUGGGAGGGAUUUCUUGCCUCGUGGAUCCGGUAUUGUGACAAGGAGGCCAUUGGUGUUGCAACUUCACAAGACAGAAGAGGGGAAGUCAGAGUAUGCAGAGUUCCUUCACACUCCAAAGAAGAAGUUCACUGAUUUUGCAUUGGUGCGUAAGGAGAUUCAGGAUGAAACUGAUCGUAUAACUGGGAAAACAAAGCACAUAUCAAAUAUUCCGAUCCACCUUAGCAUUUACUCUCCAAAUGUUGUGAACUUAACACUCAUAGAUCUUCCUGGGUUGACAAAGGUUGCCGUUGAGGGACAGCCAGACAGCAUAGUUGAAGAUAUUGAAAACAUGGUCCGAUCUUAUGUUGAAAAGCCAAAUUGCAUUAUAUUGGCCAUUUCUCCUGCUAAUCAAGAUAUUGCCACUUCAGAUGCUAUAAAGCUUGCAAGAGAAGUCGAUCCAUCCGGUGAAAGAACAUUUGGAGUGUUAACAAAGCUUGAUCUGAUGGACAAGGGUACCAAUGCCCUGGAUGUUCUUGAAGGAAGAUCGUAUAGGCUUCAGCAUCCCUGGGUUGGAAUUGUCAACCGUUCACAAGCUGAUAUCAACAAAAAUGUUGAUAUGAUUGCUGCUCGUCGAAGGGAGAGAGAAUAUUUCCAAAGUAGUUCUGAAUAUGGACACUUGGCACAUAAAAUGGGUUCUGAAUAUCUUGCAAAACUUCUGUCUCAGCAUUUGGAGGCUGUUAUUAGGCAAAGAAUACCGAGUAUUACAGCUUUAAUAAAUAAGGCAGUUGAUGAGCUUGAUGCGGAACUUGAUCGUCUUGGCAGGCCUAUUGGAACAGAGGGAGGGGCCCAGCUAUACACAAUUCUAGAGAUGUGUCGUGCAUUUGACCGUAUUUUCAGGGAACACCUAGAUGGAGGGCGACCUGGUGGUGAUCGGAUUUAUGGGGUUUUUGACAACCAACUACCGGCUGCUCUGAAAAAGCUCCCUUUUGAUCGCCAUCUUUCUUUACAAAAUGUUCGAAAAGUUAUUUCGGAGGCAGAUGGUUAUCAGCCCCAUUUGAUUGCUCCAGAACAAGGCUACAGAAGGCUCAUUGACACUUCUCUCGGCUUCUUUAAAGGCCCAGCUGAAGCAUCAGUUGAUGCUGUGCACUUUAUUUUGAAAGAACUUGUUCGGAAGUCCAUAGCCGAGACAGAAGAAUUGAAGAGGUUCCCGACACUUCAAUCUGACAUAGCAGCUGCGGCGACAGAGGCCUUGGAAAGAUUCCGUGAAGACAGCCGGAAAACGGUUAUACGUCUAGUGGAGAUGGAGGCUAGUUACCUGACAGUGGAAUUCUUCCGGAAGCUCCCUGUUGAGCCAGAGAAGGGAAAUAAUCCCACGGUACCCACCAUGGAUCGGUACUCAGAGAACCACCUCCGGAGGAUUGGAUCUAAUGUCUCAUCUUACGUGGGCAUGGUCUGUGAUACACUAAAAAGUUCCAUUCCAAAGGCAGUUGUUUAUUGUCAGGUUCGAGAAGCAAAAAAGUCGCUGUUGAACCAGUUUUACAGCCAAGUUGGGAAAAAGGAGAAGAAGCAGCUAGGGGCGAUGUUGGAUGAGGACCCAGCACUCAUGGAGAAAAGAGAGGGCAUAGCUAAGAGACUGGAGCUGUACAAGUCGGCCAGGGAUGAAAUUGAUUCCGUGGCAUGGAAAUGA